GUUGAAUCAUUCCAUCAAAGACUCAACCUAUAUUCCUGGUUUGACUUUUAAAAAUAAGAAAGUCAACAAAUAUGCAGGCGAUUAGGGAAAAGAUUAGUGAUAUUCGAGGGGCUCGCAAGGUGAAGUCCGAUGCCAUACAUGAACAACAACAGGCUGAGUUGGCACGGGCACAGGCACAAGAGAUGGCUCACGAGGCAAGGUUAAUACGAGAAGCAGAAAUUGCAAUGGGUAUACAUACCGAAGAAUAUAUCCAACAAGAAGCUAAGCUCGCGGGUGACCACAAGAACACAACUGGCUAUGGCGGUAGUGGCCUAAACAAUCGGCAUUCGUUGAGUCCACGUGGCAGCUUUGGUGGUUCUAGCUCACGUUAUUCAGGUGGCACAUAUUCCACAUCACCAAAUCAUGACAGCCGGAAGAUGGCAAUACAUCACAAGUAUUUGUAGGCUAAGCCAUUUCGGUUUAACAUUAGGUUUUGAUGUUAUGGUGGUUAGGAAUUUUCCAAAAUGGUGUACACUCAAAACCCUUAAUGGGAUUGCAUAUAAUAUAUAUAUACUAUAUGUUUGGUUUC